UCAGACAUGCAGACAGCAGCUCUGGUGGCUCCUGUCACGGCUCUGGAGUUCCUGCAGGAGGAGUUUCUCCUGACAGGUGAGGGUCCAGUCUUGACCGUGUACAGGCUUCAGCCUCACCCUGAAGCCGGCGCCUCACUGAGCGUGCUCCAACACCACAGAGUCCAUGGAAUAAGACCCAGAGGUCAGAGCUGCGCCACAGGCGCCGGCAGGAAGAACAAACAUGCUCAGUCCCCAGGACGGAGCUCCACCACAGAGCCCAGCUCCUAUGACCUGGCAGUGUUUGGAGGAAAGGCAGUGAGGCUGGUGAGGCUCCAUGUGGAUCUCCAGGAUGAGGACCACCUGCACUUGGAGGUCCAGGGUCCCCUCAUGGAGUUAGGGGACUGGGUCCUGGAUGUCCGCUGGCUCUCUGGAGGCAAACAGCCACUUCUGUGUGUGGCAGUGGCCCACAACAGUGCUCUUCUCCUGGACAUCAGUACAGGAGCUGCCCUGGUUCAGCGCUCCUGUCAGGAGGGGUGUCUGCUCUACUCUGCCCUCCUUCUAGUCCAUGAAUCUUGGGCGGAUGCUGUUGUAGUAGGAGGGACUGUUUUCAACCAGCUGGUUCUCUGGAAGCCUGGAGGAGGAGCAGGAGCAGGAGGAGGAGGAGGAGCAGGAGCAGGAGCAGGAGCAGGAGGAGGAGGAGGAGGGGGGAGUGACUCUGACUGUCAAGCUCCAGUGGAGAGGCGUCUGCUGGGACACAGUGGGGUCAUCUUCAGCAUCUCUUACCUCCAGGAGAAAGGAUGGCUGGCUUCAGCCUCUGAUGACCGCAGUGUGAGGGUGUGGGGGGUCGGUGCUUUAGGGGGCCCUGGGGGGAGGUGUGGGGACCGGAACCCGGCUUGUUUAAGGGUCCUGUAUGGACACCAGGCCAGGGUGUUCUCCGUGCGUCUCUCCCCGGGGAAAGUGUUCAGUGCCGGGGAAGAUGGGGCUUGUUUAGUCUGGGACUGGGCCGGAGGAGGGAAGGUGGUUCGGACGUUGAAGGGACACAGAGCAGGGGGGGUGCGAGCACUGGCAGUCAGUGAGGCAACAGGAGAUGAGGAGAGAUGGGUGGCCACAGGGGGGGCAGAUGGGGGGGUGAGGUUGUGGAGAGUGAAGGAGAGUGAGGGAAGGAAGGAGGAGACGGAGGAAGCAGUGACAGAGAAGAUAACUGACCUGAACUUCCCUGGGCUCAGUGCUCCUAAAGUGAUGUGUGGAGCAGCAGCAGAGGAUGGAGACAGCAGCUGGAGCCAGAGGAGGUUUGUGGUCUGUACUGACCAGGGGGAAGUCUAUCAGUACAGCACAGGGCAGUGGGAGAUGGUGUGGCGAGGGACGUCUGAGUUUCAGUCCUACUGUGUGAUGGAAACAGUUUCCAUCAGAGCCACAGACUCAGCAGUCAGAGUGAGUUUGUGUGCUGUGGGAAACCUCAGCGGCUCCGUUCAGGUGUUUCCCGUCUCUCGGCCUCAGUGUGGGAUUCUCCUCUCGGCUGGAUCAGGGAAGAUCCACAGUCUGAUCUGGCAGGAGGGAGGAGGAGGUGUGUGUUUGUUGGCGUCAGGUGCUGAAGGACUCGUGUAUCGCUGGUGUGUGGAGGUCACAUCACAUGACUCCUUAACUCUCAGUGUAAAUCCUCUUCCUCCUUUCCUCCUUCCCCCUUCUGCCAAACGCUGGCUGCUGGCCGCGGUGCGCCUCCACUCCAGGCCGCAGGAGGCGCUGUGGGUCUGUGGGGACAGGAGGGGGUCUCUGCUUUUGUUUAAGGAAGUUGGACAGAAGAAGAAGGGAGACGACAGUUUGUUGACGGGCAGGGAACGAAGUGAAGAGGAGGAAGAUGGAAGUGAUGGAGAUGGAAGAAGAAAGAUGGCGGAGCAGCGAGAGAGUAAAGACGUGCUGCGGCCACUGAGCUGCCUGUUCGGGGUUCAUGGGAAACAGGGAGUGACGUCGCUGAGUGAACACAGAGGACUGCUGUACAGCAGCGGCAGGGACGGCUGUGUGAGAGUCUUCAGAAGAGAGCGGCUGCAGCUGCAGGUUCUGAGAGUCCAGCGGGCCUGCAGAGGGAUGGAGUGGCUGGAGCGAGUUCUGAUUCUUGAAGAGGAGGAAGAGGAGGAAGAGGAGGGCAGAGAGGAAGGUGACAACCAGGCCAGAGAAGCCAGGAUCGUCAUCGCUGGUUUCCACUCUGUCCACUUCGUGGUCUGGGACCCGGUGAGGCAGGAGAGGCUGCUGGCGGUGCCUUGUGGGGGGGGGCAUCGCUCCUGGAUCCUCUGGCCGUCCAGCAGAGGGGUGUGGCCUGGAUACGGAGCUCUGGUCUUCAUCAAGCACAGGGCUGUCCUGGCUUCACAGCCCCCAGGAGAGGAGCCGAGCCGGGCGGGGAGGGCAGGAAGGACCGGAGGGUGGGGCCUGAGAGAGGGCAUCCAUGGGAGGGGGGUAGGGUGUGUGUGCAGGCUGGGGAGGAUAGAGGGAGCUGGGAGUGAGAGGAGGGAGGAGCGGAGAGGGGGAGGGCAGUGGGAGGUGGUGGUUACUGGGGGGGAGGACACCAGUUUAACCAUCGUGGCCGUUCAUCCCGCCUCUGGCUGCGUCAGGGUCCUCUCAGUUAUCAACGACCACAUCUCCAGCGUCCGGACCGUCGCCUCGGUAACAGAGGGACACAGCGUUAACCAAUCGCAGUCUCUCUCCGCCCUGCUCGUCUCAGCCGGCGGCCGGGCUCAGCUGCAGUGUUACCGGCUUCUGAUUGGCUGGGACCGGCAGAGACUGGCCCCCUCCUGUCAGGUGAUCCAGGUGGCCGCUCACCGAUUGGACGAACAGUGGGAGAGGAAGCGGAACCGACACAAGACGGUGAAGAUGGAUCCAGAGACGAGGUACAUGUCUGUGGUGGUGUUGGGUCAGAGGACAGACUCUGUUCUUCUGGCUCUGGGCUGCAGUGACGGAGCUGUCAGGUUGUUCUCGGUCAGUGAAGUCAGACGACACAUUGAUUUGUUGUGGGAGACGUUUCACCAUCAGCGCUGUGUGCUCAGUGUCGCCACCUGCAGCCUGGAGGACGGAACAGGAAACAGGUACCAGCUGCUGUUCAGCGCUGCCACAGAUGGGAAAAUUGCAGUGUGGGAUUUGAGUGACACCUCCUCCUCGACCGAUACUUCUCCACCAAUCCCCUGCCUCGACAUUCCCGCCCACCAGAGCGGCAUCAACUCAUUGGCUGUUUGGGCAGAGAAACUGGGACAACAAGGCGGUGGUUGCCUGGUAACUGUUGCUAGCGGAGGGGAUGAUGGGCAGCUGACAGUGUCCACAGUUAAGGUGCAUUACCCAGAGGAGGGGGGGGACCGGCUUCAGCUCCGCCUCCAGGGCCACGCCCACAUCCCACUGGCCCACGCCGCCCCUCUGACCGCCCUGAGGCUGCUGACCCCCGGCCUCCUGGUCUCUACUUCUUCAGAUCAGAGGGUCUGUCUGUGGAGGGUCUGCAGUACCGCUGUCUGCCACAGAGAGACGCUGUGCUCCCACGUAGCAGACGCCGCAGGACUCGCAGUGUGGGAGGGGACAGGAUGGGUGCUGGUCUGUGGUCAGGGUCUCCAGCUGCUGCGAGUCAGAGACACGGAGAGCGAAGAAGAGACGGGGACGAGAAGAGAAUCACAGAAUCAGAACAUCUGACAUUAUUAAUUAUCUGUAAAAUCACAAGGUGCAGCUGCAUGAAGGAGGAAGUGCUUUUAAAUAAAUGAACUGAGUCAUUUUUUAUUAAAAGUUGUUUAUUCUCCAGCUUUAUUGUUAAGACAGGAAGGAACAUUAUAAAGAGACAGUAAACUCUUUAUAUUUGUCUCUGAAAAUAUCAAAAUAACAACAAUAAUAAUAAUAAUAAUUGUAAUAUCUGCGGCUGGAAAUAAUCCAAAGUAAAUAAAAGUCGAAGCUGUGGGAGUGACUCAGGCUUCACACACAGGAAACAUUUGGAGCUCAUCAAGGAAAAAUAAAAUCCAUGGCUGUUUGAAGAGAACAUUAAAAGCAUCUCUGGUGUGUUGGAGCCAUCUGUGGCCUCCUUCAGGGAGAAGCACCACGCUGCACAAAGAUGGCUGAAAUGACUGGAGUUAUUUUUAAUUAUGUCACAUCUCAGCCAGGAAAUAAAACCCUUCGACGUGAAGAGGGACUCUGAAGACCGCCGUCACCAGAUCUCUCCAGGAACCAAAGUCCGACCAGAACUGGGGAGAUUCGUGGUUUAAAUGCAGUUUAUGGGUAAAAAUCUCCUUCAGCAACUGAUUGAACUGUUUUAUUGAAGAGCCGGUAUGAUCACUGCAUCACGGUGGAUAUAAGACGACACAUGAUAUUAUAAACACGUUAUAUACAGAUCACAACUGUGGUGGUUGGAGAAGACGAAUCAUUUUAUUUUUAUUUUUGGAUGUU